AUGGCUGCCAAUGCUGGGCAAUUGGUGAAGGAUGAAGAAAGCCUUUCUGUUGGAAUUAAAAUCCAACCACUCUCCUCUACACCAAUGGCAGAGCACUGGAGAGUAGAUGGAGGAGAGAGGCAAACACCCCCUUCAUUGGUUGAGAGACUGGGUUUUAACGAGAUCUUUUCCUUAAAUGUUUGGAGGGCAUCAGUUGGGGAACUUCUUGGCUCAGCAGUUCUGGUCUUCAUGAUUGACACAAUUGUAAUAUCAACCAUCGAGUCCGAAACCAAAAUGCCAAACUUGAUAAUGUCAGUCCUCAUUGCCAUCACAAUCACAAUUUUACUCCUCGCCGUCUUUCCGGUUUCCGGUGGCCACAUCAGCCCCCUCAUCUCCUUCUCUGCUGCCCUCGUCGGGCUGAUCUCCAUUUCACGCGCCACCAUCUACAUCCUGGCACAAUGUCUUGGUGCAGUGCUAGGGGCAUUAGCACUCAAAGCUGUGGUAAGCAGCACCAUUGAACAAAGCUUCUCACUUGGAGGGUGUACCCUCACGGUCAUUGCUCCGGGCCCAAAUGGGCCCGUUACAAUAGGCCUCGAGACUAGCCAGGCCCUUUGGCUUGAAAUAAUUUGUUCCUUUGUGUUCCUUUUCGCUUCAAUUUGGAUGGCAUAUGAUCAUCGCCAAGCGAAGACCCUGGGCCUGUUUAAAGUUUUUGCGAUCGUUGGUACUGUGCUAGGCCUUCUUGUGUUUGUCUCAACGACGGUCACAGCGAAAAAGGGUUAUGCUGGUGCUGGGAUGAACCCGGCAAGGUGUUUGGGCCCUGCAAUUGUUAGGGGUGGCCAUCUCUGGAAUGGGCAUUGGGUCUUUUGGGCUGGGCCUGCGAUUGCUUGCGCGGUAUUCUACCUGUACACAAAGAUCAUACCACGUCAGCAUUUUCAUGCCAAUGGGUACAAGCAUGAUUUCUUUGAUGUUUUGAAGGCUUUGCUUGGAUCAAAUGGUGGUCAGAGGUAG